AUGUGGGCCGGGAGCUUGGCUUUUAACAUGACGACGCAUUGUCCAAACACGGAGUUCCUUGGUGUUGAAAUCAAACCAAUCUAUCCGAGUCAAAUAAAGUCGGCAAAUGUACACUUCUAUCAGUAUGAUUUGAUGCAAUUGGAACAAUUAUGUUUCGAGGAAAAGUCAUUUGAUAUGGUUCGAAUAACUCAUAUGCAUCUUACGAUUACUGAAGAUAAUCAUGUCAUAAUACUUGAGAAAAUGCUAAAGAGUAUUGAAGGAAGCGCCGUUCCUGAUCUUGAAAAUAUGCUUCUCGCUACUGAACAAUUAAUAAACGUUCGACAGGACAUACGGAUAAUAAGACUUGGCCCAUCUGGUGGUAUCUCUGGAGAGUUAUUUUUAACCAACAUUGAAGAAUUUUUUACUGGUAACAUCAGCGAGAUGUUAUCGGAGUUGUUGGUCAUGACUUCAAAAGAAUACGAACAGUUUUGGCAGCAAUUUAAUGCUGAGUGUAUUAAAUUGGGAACUGGAAUUCCGUUAACCAAAACUUGGGACAGAAAAUUGCUAUUUAACUUUUGGCUGUCAUCCUUGAAAAAAUUUUUCAAUAACUUCCAUAUACAGUCAAAGUCCUUUACAACGACGCCAUAUACACCGGAUUUGGCUUUAAUCGAAGCCACGUUGAUCUAUCUACAUAUGUAA